UUGUGGCCUUGCUGCUGAUAGUGACGCACAUCGCCGCCACGUCCUUCGCCUACUUGCUGGUGCUCGGCGCGAUCCCGUCUUGGGUAGCUCGCGGCAUCAUCAUCCUCGUCUCGGCGAGGAUGUUCUUCGUCCGCGACGCGGACAACUCGAUGUACCAGGAGAUGGUGAUGGUCUGCUGCUUCUUUCUUGCGGCGGUGGACCUGUUUUGGGCUUGGGUGUGGUUGGACCUCGAAGCUGAUUGGGUGCGGGCGUUGCCGCAGCUGGCGGCGGGUGUUGUGAGCAUCUACGCGGCAAAGAUCCACAUCCCCAGCAACAUCUUGGAGGACAGAAGACGGGCUUGCUGUUACUGGUCACGCAUGGGGUGGCCUUUUUCUUCGGAUCUACGUUUUAUCCAGGCUUCCAAUGGGUUGUCUAUUUGGCCGGGGUUGCGAUGUCCGCGAGGCUUUUCAUGACCAAGGUUGAGGACGUAAACCUCCCGCUCGGAAUCCUGGCGAUAAUUACUUGCUUUCUCCUGACGGCGGCUGACGUGUGGAUCGUCACGUGGAGCUUAACACCACGGGAAGAUGACGACUUGCCGAGGAAAUGGGUAACGUUGUUUCCGAAUUCGAUGGCGGCGAUCGCGAGCGCUUACACGGCCUACACUUUGGUGCAGGACCGGCGAUUGCUGGCGAGCAUCUUGGUGACGGUGUGAGCGGGCUUGCUGCAGGCUUGCUUGAAAUUGUGGCCACCUGCUUGUGGCGGACUCACGUGCGCCGUGAUGCCCAAGCCGGAGACACCGGAAACGGACUUGACGGCUUGGUAAAGAGGCACGCCGUCAGGCAGAACGAAGGAGGGAGUCAUUCGAUAGCAGUCUGAUUGUGUUAUAUUGAAAUGGAGAAUUGACUCCCUUUUGUUAACGUGUACCAAGCAUGGAUAUAUUCGGUGGUAUAUGGUAGAGAUUUGAUGAAGCUGACCACCGCGAGCGGACGGAAUAUCGAAUCUCUCGAUGCCGGACACUCGAGGGGGUACGCGGCGGGGGGGGUCGCAAUAGAUGAUUCGUUAUGGUUGGGCGUCGGUGUAUAGUUUGAUGAAAAUGCUCUCGUGGUUGUUUGUGUGUUGAGUUGUUGUUACUGGAACUUGUAGCCCGCCUCGUGUCAGAGGCUGCAUUGUGAAAAGAUUGAGGAUGGGUGUAAGGUUUGAACAUGGGGUGGCGGUCGGCCAGAACGACGGUAUAUCAGCGAGGCUUGAGCCUGGGCCGGCCAAAACCCUGCAUGUGGAGUCCUUCGUUACCGUAUGCUUGCUUCAGAAGUAAGAGCCCCCCCCAAAAAAAAACAAAGGAAGGAACGAUUGGCCAUCGGUGAUCGGUCCUGUGGGAACAACGCUCCGUCCUCUCGAGGACGCGUGGUCAGUGGUCCAAUCGCUAUGGCGUGCAAAACAUAAGAGUACGCCCCCCCACCCGCCGCCCCCCCCCGCGCGAUUCAUUGCCGGGAGAGUGGGUAGGGAAGCGAGGCCGCCUUCCUGCUGGAAUAUUGAGUGUGUAUUGGAUGUAGGUUAGUGUGCUUGGUGACGGGCCUUAUCGUCAGAUGACUGCUUUGCUCCAGAGAGUGAGCGAAGCGACCCCUUAUACGUGGAGCUCCAUUGUUUCCACUGCGACCUUUCCCGCUGUCGGCCGGCGACAGCCCGCCCAAUCCAAAUAGCUGCUACGGGUACGCAAACGUAUUAUUUUGUCUCAGGGAUUCCUUUCAUGUAAGUUGUGUAAGGGUAUGCAUACGCACAAGACUGUUUUUGUUCAAGUGUUUGAUUGUCGUAAGUCUUGUGUUUCGUUUUUUUCAAGUCUCAUGCAACACGCGAGAGAAAUGUCGGGGGAAGACUAGAGCGGCGAGCCCAACGCCCGCGCGCGCACUUGUUUGGUCGUUUCGUGUUUUUGGGAUGCAUGUAACGUGGGGCAAGGACUUGCACAUUUGUCGGAUGGAUGUGGUGUUCGUUGGGGCCUAUUUGGUGGUGUCUAAUGGCGUAUGUUGUCGAGUGGGGUGUGCCACCAAAAUGUGGCACGGGUCCAAAAUGUGGUGAUUUCCGGCGGGAGGGACGAUAGGGAUGUCGUAUUUUGUGGAAUCGUCUGGUACCGCUACAGCCGCAACUGCAGGAAGAGCGGGGGAACAAGUGGUUAGAUUAGGCGGCGUGUCCUCGAAAGGAGAGCUUGCACCCCACUUCUGUCUUCCGGAGGGAGGGUGGUGUGUGUGUUUGUGUGUGUUUUCGUCCUAUUUAUUAUGGCGACAGUCCCCCCUUUUUUCGUGGUCAGACGUGUACUACAUUUUUCAGCGUAUGUAGAGUACUACACUUUUCAGUGUAUUUUUUCGAACAACUACAACCAUCCAGGGUCACGCAGGCACAGGAGGGGGGUAAACACCAGGGCUUUUUUCUCCUUCUUAUUUCUUUUCAUGCCCCACCUUCCUGCUGCGGUGCGUGCUGAAUUUUAUUUUUAUCGCGAGAAGGGUCCAGCCGUCCCUUUCCCUCGUCAACGGUGCUAACGUCGAAGUUUGGUACUCACGAGAGCUUUUUUUUUAGCUAUAUUUCGCUUUCACCCGCAAAUUUCGUAAAUUUCUCACCCCAUGGGGAUUCGAAGUCGCGACCUCUGCGACUAGCGGAUUACAAGGUACCACUAGACCACCGGGGCGACCGGAUAUGCGCGAGGGUGGUAGCCGAUGCUGAUGGUGCUCGACAUGAGUGAUUUUUGUGGUGCUCGACGAAGGUGCGUCUUGCACGUGUUGCGCGUACGUAGGAGUAUGUGUCCGGUGAGACGAGCUCUCACCUCCCGUUAGAUUAAGGGGGCGAGGUUAGCGUGCGUGGUCAGUACUACGUGUAUCCCCAUCACAUCGACGGAAAACAUUGCGUAAUCUCACGUUUAUGAGUAUCAGAGGACUGCUCUGGGUGGAUACGAUGACGUGGCCUGUCGUUUAGUUGUGUUGCACGAAGGACGUGCCGUUUUAUUAUUUCCCUGUAUUACGAGGCUUGUUUGCGGGUUGUUCAUGUGGCACUCAUGCCGGUCGCUCUUUGGUGGCUGACCUUUACGGUGUUUGUUUUUUUGGUCAAGAGUUGCCAAGGGCGAAGUAGUGCAUGAAGACGGCGUUGGCGUCAACACACAGACUGUUGUCUGCGCUUCACACAGAGGGAAUGAAGGCGUUCGUUCACGUUUUUUUUUUUUAUAUUCCCGAGAAAACACGGUAUGGAAUGGAACAAAGAGUGAUAAAUCAUGGUAUGGUUUACUUGAGGUUCGCCCCCUUGGCGAGACCCUCCCUGUGUAGAGGGAGCGAAGACAGCCAUCAUAA